AGUAAAACAAUUGACUUAAUUAUAUUGUAAAGUAGGCCCAGAAUAUCUAUAUUGGUCAGUUAAUCAGUUCACUUCUGGACAAGUGUGAAUAAACACGUAUUUUACUUUAAAUAAUAUAAUUUUACGUAUUAUGUAUUCAAUAUUAUUAUGUUAUAUAUUCACAGUGUCGUUAUAUAUAUAUGUUAAUGCUUUUAAUUUACCCAAUGAUAAUACGAAAAUAAUAAUAGACAACGACGCAGGCGGCGAUGACGCUAUGGCUAUUUUUCUCGCUUUAUUGUACCAAAAACAUUUUAAUGGUCCUGAAGUGGUAGCUCUCACCACAGUUCGCGGCAAUACAGCCGAACAUAACGUUUACACGAAUAACCAGCGAAUAUUGAAACUAAUUAACAGACAAGAUGUACCAAUAUAUAGAGGUAUCAAUAACUCCCUAUUCCCAACAUUCGGUGAACGUAAUUAUUAUGGCACGGAUGGACUUGGUGACACGGGUGAGAGUUUAAUAGAUCCGGUACCAGCUCAGCCUCAAGAUGCAGUGACGGCGUUAAUUGAGCUAUCCAAAAAACAUGAAGGAAAUCUUAUAAUUGUAACAACUGGACCCGUUACAAACAUAGCUAUGGCCAUUGUUUUGGAUCCUGCAUUUCUGGGACAAUUAAAACAUUUAUAUAUCGCAGCAGGCCAUAUUUAUAGUGAUAUACAUCCAAACGCAGAAUUUAACGCAAUGGCUGACGCUGAGGCUUACUUUAUGAUUACACAACGAUCAAGUCCCGACAAAGUCACUCUAAUACCGUUCUCUCAAAUAAGAAUACAUCUAAAUUUUACUAAAGAAUGGAGACAAGAUGUAUUAGGUGCUAUCAAUACGGACAUAAUUAAGGCACAAAACAAAUUUGAACAAGUAUCUAUGAAGAAAAAUGUGAGAUGGCAAGCACUAGACCCGGCCUCAGUAGCUAUAGUGGUCAGACCCGAUCUGGUGAAAGAAUAUAAAUAUUCGAGAAAUGAUAUAAACUUGUGUGGUGAGAACAGAGGACUGAAUAACAAUGAUCUGGUAAAUAAAGAAGAAGCUAAUGUUAGACUAGUUUACUCUGUAAAAGAAGAUGAAUAUAAAGAGUUUUUACUUGAUGUAUUUUCAAAGCAAUAAUAUAAAGUCUAUAUAUAAUAAAUCAUAAAGUUCAUAUAUGCAACUAAAGCAAUUAAAUAAUAUUAAAAUGUAUAUGGGAAUGGAUGAAAUAUGAAUGCAAGAAAUGACUAGGAACCGUUACUAAUAAAUAAUAAUUACUUUUACUUUUCAUGAAAAAGCGCCCUCUAGUAUCAAGAAUGUUUAGUCUGCCUUUUUUAUAAACGAAGAUUUCUGACGUGACUUACUCGUGGCUCCGAAGCACGAAGCAAAUGACAACAAUAUUUAAAUAAUCCAAAUAUAAUUUUGAAAAUUCAGUAUUUUAGAUUAGGGUUUAAUCUCAAGGUCCUUCGAAGCUGUCAAACGUUAUCCGACUGAAUUGUCACCGCUACGAAUAUUCGUAUAUGAGAUAGGAAGCGGUGUGCCAGAAUAAGGUAGAAAGACGAACAGUGUUCAAUAUUCUAUAACAUAACUGCAAUAAAAUGAAAUUAAUGACAUGUAACCACAUGCUACAUUCAGAUGAGCUCUAUUUCUUUUAUUAUUAUUAGUUUGUUGAUCAAGUAAAAAAUAUAUAAAAAUAUUUUAAACAAGUACGAUACCAUUUUAUUCGUUUCGCAAUUUGGGUGCCAAAAAAACGCUAUAGCAUAGCUAAUUACAUAUCAAUAGCUUUUUCUCGCGGCUUUGCUCCCCGGAAUAUGUAUAUUAGUAAUCCUAUAUGUUAAGUUACGAUAUAACCUACCAGUGUACCAAAUUUUAUUUAAAACCGUUCAGCCUAUCGAGCGUGAUUGAAUAAUAAACAUAUAAUAGAAACAUAUUCACAAACUUUCAUAUUUAUAAAAUUAGGAGGAUGUAUAGUUUCAUUUUCAUAAAAAAAUAGCAAAUAUGUCUAAUAUGUUUCAUAUUCACUUCUGUAAUAUGCAUACAGAAUAAAUAAAGUAUUUUCACAUUAAUACAGUCUAUUUACUCUAUAUAAAGCAAUGCAUCCCGAAUUUUCAUAUAAUCGUUCGGGCAUGUCAUAUGUCAAAGACAUUGAACGACUGGUUGUUCUUUACACUGUGGUAUUAGUAAUUAUAAAUUGGAAGUAGGUAGCGUCUAGUCUCUCCAUCUGCGCGACACAUUUAUUAUAUGGAUGAUACACACUCAUUAGUAUACAUUUGUAUGAGUACAAAUGAGACGUGUUUUGUGAUAUAAUACAUACUCACUAUGUAUAAAAAUAUUUUUUAACUUGUUUUAUUCCCAACUGCUAUGUUUUUAUUACAUUUUAUUUGAGUAUAUAUGUACGUAGAUUUUUAAUUUGUUACAAAACA